AGGGAUGCUGGUGUUCAGAUGCUCAGCCGUCACUUCCAGUGGGCUGAGUCCUGUCACAAGAGACUCUGCUUUCAUCAAGAGUUCGUGUACGACGUUGCCAUGUUCGCUGCAGACCAAGGAUUCUCCCGGCCCAACCUGAUCCGGUCCGCAGUGCUCGCCAAAAACCUCUUCCCACAGCUGGAUGGCUUGAACAUGCUGGAGUUGUCGUCCCGUCUGAGGGAUCUGCUGAGCGAGCUUUUACCAAACCUGACUCCUGUUCAGCAGCAUGAAUUCACUCGGUUCCUGGUGGACACCUGCAUCACCAGGAGGAGGCUGUUCCAGGCCGUGGCCAUUGCACGGGCUGACCUGUCCAUAGGUCCGGUACAUCUGGAGGUGCAGCUGCCACCAACACCUCAUCCUUUAGCUCAGGGUACAGAUCUGCUUCAGCUGGAGACUGAGACUCAGCCUCAGUCUGAAAUGGCCUCCAGCCUGCAGCAGAUGGAAGAAGAGCUGAGGUGUCUCAGAGAUGGUCCGAGGGUCACUCUGGAGGAYGUCACGGUCCCAGUGGACGGCCGGCUGGAUGAACAGAGCACCGUGGAGCUGGUCCGCACAGCAGUUGGAGGUGCAGAGGGCCAGAUGAUGGAGAGUCUGAGCCACGAGGCGUCACUACUCAGCAACAUCCAGCAGCUCAAACUGCAGCAGGCAGGGGGGCGCCACAGCCCGGCUCCUCAAGAAACAGCACCAGGAAAAGGGAAGACGAAAACUGCAAAAACAGGAACGAGAGGAAACGCAAAAUGAGAACAUUUUCAGAGUUAGGUUUGGUUCUGGCUAAUUCAAACAAUUUGCUUUCUCAUUUUAUUUAUUGUCACCUGCUAUWUCUAAAUAUAGGAACACUAAUUUGGAAAAAACACCAAAAAAAGUCUUUCAAAGUUUAAGUUUGUCAUUCUUCAUCUYACAAAGAGAUGUUUGUAUAAAAUAAUACUUCCUAUAAGA